UUUCUCAGCUAUUGACUCCACAGGCCUUUAAGUUCAAAUUCAUCUAUCAUGCCUUCAAUGCCCAAUCUCAUAUCAGUCAGUCCUUUCUUCAGACUUGUCUUUCGGACUAUAUUAUUAUUCUUAGUCUUAAAGCUGGAGUAGCGAAAUCGUAUGCUCGCCCGCGGGGACCAGAGCAGAGCACUACAACUCUUCGACAACGGUUCACGUGGAAGUUUUACCUCAGAAGAGUGACGAUGGGUGAUCAAGGACCAAUCAUCAUCUGGCUGAAUGCCGUUCUAAUGGCGCUCACUCUUACUGCGAUCAGCUCAAGAGUGGGAAGACGUGUUUUCCUCAUCGGAACGUGGAGUUGGCAUGACUUGUUGGUAACUGUAGCCGCCAUUUGUGCUUUGGUCUUUUCAAUAUGUCAGAUGGUUGGAACGACGUUCGGCCUCGGAAAACACCAAGAAGAUGUCCCGGUGGAUGAGAUGCCUAGGCUGAUCAAGCUCAUUAUAGCCUCCAAUGUAUUCUACUUCACCUGUAACUGGGUUGUCAAGCAUGCUUUGCUUCUCUUCUACGCUGACAUUGUCCGGGAGAAGAAAUACCGAGGCAGUAUUUACUUCAUGCAUUUCGUCGCAUUCGGCUUUGGUCUCAGCAGCAUCCUUGUCAACCUCUUCCAAUGUACACCAUUCCGGAAAGCAUACCAUUCGAACAUCAGCGGUCAUUGUGUUAACCUCAACAUCUUCUUCUACUGCAACGCAUCCAUUAUGCUUGCUACAGACCUUGUCCUCUACGCAAUGCCUGUCGUCUUCACCUGGAAUCUUCAACUCCGGCGUCCUCAGCGUAUCGGACUUAACUGCUUGUUUGCGCUGGGCGGACUCGUCCUUGCAGCAAGUGCAGCGCGAAUGGAAGCCGUUUACAAGUUCGCUACGGAGCCCGAUUUUCCCUGGUGGUUUGCUAACGCGAUGAUCUGGAGCGUGCUUGAGAACCACCUAGCAAUUGUGGUUGCAUGCGCACCUAGCAUCAAGGUCAUCGCGCUGCUGGUCUUUCCCCGCCUUAAGUCGUCGUACCGAAAAGUCGUGUCCAAAGUAACUCCUUCCAAUUCGCGCUCGAGAUCCCGCGCUUCCGGCCCAUAUGAUCUGGAAAGUGGGACAAGGAAGAGCGACCAGCUUAAGCCGACGCCGUCAGGCACUCCACUGCCAUCACCGGCCUUAACGUACGGCAGCGGUGGGAGUAGAGCGAGCAAGAAUUUUGCGAGAUGGUUUAAAGGCCCAAUGAGUCCGAGACAUUUGGAUAGAUCUGAUAGCAUGGAUCAUGGCUUGGUAUAUGUGGAAGAUCCACACGUUUCCCAGUCGAGAGACGUUCAUAUGGUAAACAUAUCAAGGGAUAGUGAGAACGACAAGAGAUGGAAGGAGGAAAGAGAAAAUGGUCGAGGAUGUGCAAGUCCCAGCGGCGAGAAUGACAUCCGGGUGGAGCGUACCAUAAGGGUGGAGAGUUCAAGGGACAGUAGUGGAGAUGAAAUUACGGUGUUGGGACGCGCUGCUUGA